CAGGCAUGUUUUGAGGACCUCUGAGACCGAUAUAAGCUUGUCUUAAAAGGGCAAAAUAUGUCCCCUUUAAAGCAUCAUUUGUACUUCUUCAUCAAGUGACAUUCCAAGGACUUUUUAAGCUGUGAAAGUCAUAGAAAUUAUUGCUUUAUUCCCCAGAUCUCUUGUUCAUAUUACAGGACAAAUAACAAACUAUUAAUGGUUAAUGUCAGUUUGAUUUAUCAGCUGAGGUGUUAACAUAAGGACACGCUCUGAUUUAAAAAUUAAAAAAAAAACACCUUUAUUCCUUCUUAUAAAUCAUAAAGUUUACAUUAAGCUUCCUUCAGGGGGAAAUGGGUGUGACCGUUGUAAGACUGUUUCAUGGUGAUAAGCCGCCAGUGCUAUUUCCUGUUAGUGGGACAUUCUACUUCCUCUUUCCACUCUCUGUUUUGAUGCAGCUCUUUUCUUCAUGUUAAAGUUGUGAACGUUUUGCAGGGAGUGCUCUGCUAUGGAACAGUGUGAAGACACAGAGGAGGGGGCCCCUCCCUCCAAAACCUCUCGGAGUGAGAAAUAUGAAGCUCAGAGAGAUCAGCAGGAGGACUCAAAGGCUUACAGUCAUCAGUCAGAUGAACCGUAUCAAACAGACCUGGACUAUAUAUUUAUGCCACUGAAGGAGAACAUCGCCAUCUUUGUACAGAAUGAGCUGAAGAGGCUUCAGAGGGCUCUGAGCCCAGAUUACCCAUCAUUCUCAGAGAGUCACUGUGAGGAUGAGGAAGUUUUGGAUAGUGAAGAUGAAAAGCAGCAGAGACACAGCAGAGAUGCUUUUCUGAAGAUCACUCUGCACUUCCUGAGGAGAAUGAAGAAGGAUGAGCUGGCUGACCUUCUACAGAGCAUGACUGGUGAGUUCAUCUGGAUUCCUACUGAGAUGAACAUCACAAUACACAACAAGAGGUACACCAGGCGCCAUGACAACACAUCCCUGUAGCUGCUGUCAUGAAUCACCCAUCAAAGCUGUGAGCUGUGUGGAGGACAGCAUUUCUCACCAGUUUCUGGUACACUGGAAGAAGUCUCGGUACGCUAAGGGACAAAAUUCAGAAGUGCCGAUACUGUGUACCGGUUCGUACCAGCCCACUUAAAGCACUGGUAAAAGGUACA